AUGUCCUCUUCAUCAUCAUCAGCAACCACAACACCAAGAAAAGGUCCAGGUCCAAUCGGCAAGGCUUAUCUUUUCCUUUAUAACGCUGUUUUGUGCGGAGGAUGGGGAUAUAUUCUCUAUUUAACUGCUAUGCAUCAUGUGGAAGGAAAAAAGAAUGUAGAUUUGUAUCCAAAAAUUGAAAAGCCUUUACAAUUGUUCCAAACUUUGGCUGUUUUGGAGAUUGUUCACUCCAUGCUCGGAUUGGUUUCAUCUCCAAUUUUCACAACUUUGAUGCAAGUCUUUUCUCGCUUGUUUGUUGUUUGGUUCUCUCUCAAUCUUGAACAUCGAGUGAAAUAUACCGAGACCGAGGCCAUGUUUAUCACUUCACUUUUGGUUGCUUGGUGUGUUACCGAAGUUAUUCGUUACAGUUUCUAUGCUCUCAAGCUCUAUGACAUUUGCCCAUAUAUUAUUGUUUGGUUGCGUUAUACUACAUUUAUUGUGUUGUACCCAUUGGGUGUCUCUAGUGAAUUGGCUUUGACCUACUUCAGAUUGAAGUAUGUUCGUGAGAAUCGCCCAUACAGCUUGGAAAUGCCAAAUCCAUAUAACAUGUCUUUCGAUUCCUACAUUUUUGUUUGGAUUGUCAUGCUUUCUUAUUUGCCUGGAUUCCCACAAUUGUACUUGUACAUGUUUACGCAAAGAAAGAAGGUUUUGGCUCCACCAAAGGAAAAGAGCCAAUAA